AUGGCAACACUGUUACGAUAUGCAACUCGGUUGCCAGGAGCAAAGGGCCAUUGUCGACCAUUAAUGUUGCCAGAGUCGUGUCUGGCAUCGACAUCAACAUUGACAUCAACAUUAGGCAGUCGUCAACAUCCUUUCUCUUCUUGGGAUUAUGAACUUCCUUGGUCGAGUGCUAAAAGCGACAAAAGUAGUAAGCGGCUAGUUCAACGAGUUCAGGAAUCUCGAAGAGAGCAUCAGCAAAAGGUGGAUCUGCAAGACGCACUUAUGAUUUUAGUAGAAGGCUACCUACAAACAAAUCAUAAGGAAGCCUUUUCCAUUCAAUCAGCUAGUCAAUUUUGGAAGAAGGAGACCGAAGCAAUCGAUUCGAGCAAGAAAAAAGGUAACGAUAGCAAGGAUAGCGCACAGCAAGGGCGACUACAAAAGAAUAGAAAGACCAUCGCAAUCCAUGAUGCUCUCAUUGAGCUGACCAAACUGAAUGGUUUCAAGCCUGUUGAUCUCCCACGAGAGCAAGUACCAUUGGCGGAAGGUGUCGUUGUUCGACCUCAGUACCACAAAGAGGAAAAGUAUCGGGAUCGCGUCCGAAUAAAAGCAAGCCCUUUGAUGUGGGCUCGAAGUGAAUUGAAGACAGGGCAGUCUCCAUUGACUUUCUCGUCAUCUGUCAUGAGUAGUGCUCAGCCUCGGCGGGACGAUCUUCCAGAGCUGGUUGAAGAGGACAUCAAGUUGUACCGCAUCAUCGAAAAAAGUGUGGAUGAUUUCGUAAAUGCCAAAGUUCAGGCUUUACAGACCUCCGUCAGAGCACUUGAAACGAAGAUCCAAGAUGCUGUGAGCUCUGUAGUUCCAUCCUUACGCCGUCAAGAUGCAGCUUCGAAGAAAUCCAAGAAAGACGAGCUAGAUGAUGCGAGCAAUGUUGAAUCACCUGAGAGCUUGCUAUUUCUCGACCGAAACGAAAUCAUAUGGGUCACAAACAUGGACAACCGUGAACUUCGGCUUCUGGCCUUGCAAGAUCAUCACAGUUACGGCCUCAAACUGUCGUCGUGGUUGAUAUCUAUCUCCCUAGUCGUGUUUGGAGCAAUGCCUUUGGCCUAUCGGAGCUAUAACUUUACCUACGAUUAUCCUGGAUUAUCCCAAAGUGUGGCUGCUUCAGUUGUUUUGACCAUUUCCUAUGGUAUCUGGUCUACUCAAUCCAUGGCGGUCACCCGUCAAUCACAAGUGGUCUCAAAUGCCGUUGCCCACCGAAUAUAUGCUCGCAACAACGCGGUCUUGUGGGCCCUUCAACAAGGAGCGGUGGAACGAGUCAGCGAUGCUCUCUUGACCUAUUACUUUUAUUGCCAAAAUGAUACGCGGCAACGUCUUCGUCUUCGACCGUCAUCGACUUCCAAGCCGCUGCUUGCAGUCACUCAGCCCAGUGGCGGCAAACAAGAAAGCGAUGAUCCAAUGUUGCCUUCCACGUCGAUUGACGUCGUUGCUUUGGCAAAGGAGAUUGGAUUGGUUCAAGAAGAGGCAACAUCGAGCAGUGGCAACAGUAAGCGGGUUGCAGUUCCGAUAGAGAGCGCGAUCGCUGCUGCACAAGAUUACCACAAGAAGAUCCAACGAUGA